AUGUUACUUACCUUGAAGCAACACGAACAUUAUACUCCUUGCCGGGAUGGUAAAAUUCUGCAAGACCCCAAUCGAUCAAUCGAAGCUUUCGCAACUCAUGGUAACGAAGAGCUUCCUUGGGCAUGGACAAGAGCACUGCACUUGCCCAUCGUUGACCAACGCUCGGUUAAAUCCUACCCAGCAAUACUGGCCCAAAGUAACAAGGUAACGAAGAGCUUCCUUGGGCAUGGACAAGAGCACUGCACUUGCCCAUCGUUGACCAACGCUCGGCUUCAGAAUCUUGAUUAUGCACCUUUCAUUGCUGUUCACAUUUAUACCUUCAAAAACUUCACUAUAUUUCCCCCUUCCAACCUUACGAACAACCUCAUAGUCAUCCUGUUCGCUCUUCAACAGCACAUAUCAAAAGUGGUCAGGGUCCGGGAAGCACAUAAAUCAAGCACAGCAAAUGUCCAGGAUAACUCACCCCCACUGGACGGUGAGAUUCUCGUAAUCCCAGUAUUCCCUGGGUCGCAGCACGUUGACGUCUGUAUAGACCCGCGCUUUCGACAUCAGCGAGGCGUGGAUGUUCGACUUGACGGCCUCGUCGAUUUUAGCAACUGCUGCAAAGGACGUAAGAAGAGGCAGCCGCCGCCGCGUAAGGAGCUGCACAACCGGCGCGCGCAGGGCGACGAUGGCGCAGACGAGUGA